AACAGAAGAAGAAGAAACGGAAGUUGUCACUGGGAAAGUUCUUAGCGCCAAAUUCGUGAAGCUUUGCUGGUUCUGAACCGAACUGGCUCGAUGGAUAUCUGUGAAAAGGAACAAGAGGAGACAGCAGCCGUGUAGAUUGGACUUUUCAGUCUGACCAAACCAGGCUCUCUGAGCCGAGCAGCAGCUGUUGUCCACUUUCAGGACUGGUUCUGUUCUGACCGGCUCUCUCUCUCUGUUCUCCAUCCUCAUCAUCAUCAUGGCGGUGCCUUUCGUGCAGGACUGGGACGUGGUCCAGACGCUGGGAGAAGGAGCUUAUGGAGAAGUGAGGCUGCUGGUGAACAGGCAGACGGAGGAGGCGGUGGCGGUAAAGGUGAUCGACACGUCACAAGCAGAGGAGUGUGCAGAAAAUGUCAAGAAAGAGAUCUGCAUCCAUAAGAUUCUCAACCACUGCAACAUUGUAAGGUUUUUCGGUCAUCGGAGAGAAGGAACAACCGUCUAUCUCUUCCUAGAAUACUGCACUGGAGGGGAGCUGUUUGACCGCAUUGAACCUGAUGUGGGGAUGCCAGAGAGAGAUGCUCAUCGGUUUUUCCAGCAGCUCAUCGCCGCUGUGGAAUACCUCCACAAACUCGGCAUCACCCACAGAGACAUAAAACCUGAGAACAUUCUUCUGGAUGACAAAGACAAUCUGAAGCUGACCGACUUUGGCCUGGCUACCAUGUUUCGCUUCAAAGGACGCGAGCGGCGUCUGAAUCGACUCUGUGGAACUCUGCCUUAUGUGGCUCCGGAACUGCUCAGCCAAAGCGAGUACCACGCUCAGCCCGCAGACAUCUGGGCGUGUGGGAUCGUCCUCACUGCCAUGCUGGCUGGAGAGCUGCCAUGGGACCAACCCACUGAGAGCUGUCAGGAGUAUGCAGACUGGCUUCAGAGGAAAACCUACCUACCUCCCUGGAAGAAAAUACAACCAGCCCCCCUUAGCUUGUUGUCCAAAUUACUGCAACCCAAUCCCAAUACCCGGAUCACUGGAGAAGAGCUAAAGAAAGACCGCUGGUUUACACAAGGAUGUCUGAGCUCGGGCUGCAGCAAGGUUCUUCACAACAACAGGGAUUUUAUGUUCCGUGCUAGCAGUGACGACAGGAUGCAGCUGUCCAGCUCUCAGCCUGAUUUUGCCGCUGGCGGCUGGGAAGCCAUGCUGGUGUUUGGGCAAAGCGAAGGUCAAGUCAGCUUCUCGCAGCCGACCAAGCCUGAGCACAUGCUGCUGGGUAGUCAGUUACUGGCCACGCCUGGAGCCAGUCAGUCGCCGUGGCAGAAAUUAGUUCGGAGAAUGACCCGUUUCUUCACCACAGUGGAUGCUGAUGCAACUUUGUCUGCGCUGAAAGACACCUGUGAUGCUCUUGCACUCGGUUUCAAACUCACCUGCAGACAGGUAACUCUGAACACGCUGGAUAAACGCAACAACCCGCUAGUCUUUAAGGUCCUGCUCCUGCAUUUGAACCAGAAAGUGCUUCUGGACUUCAGGCUGUCUAAGGGUGACGGUUUGGAGUUCAAGCGCCUCUUUGUGAAAAUCAAGCAGAAGCUGGGCGACAUUGUCAACAGUCAGAAGAUUUUACUGCCUGUGGUGUGAACAGCUUCAAAUGGACUCCAGGCUUUCGCUGUACAUAUUUCCGUGUUGUGUGUGAAAGUUCCGCUGUCAUCGUGCAAAGUUCCUGUUUAAUAUUUCUAGUUUGAAAGUGAACAAACUCGGUUAUACAGUGACAGACUGCUUGUGUUUAGACUAAGAUGUUUUUAUUACAUUACAUGAAUAUUAGGCUUUACAAAGAGAUGAAUAAAUGACUGACAGACCAAC